AUGGUCAAUAAUAUUGAGGCAAUGUGGAAAAAACUCUUGAUGAAAUCUCAAUUGAUCCCAUGUCUGUUCGUUUGUCUUCUGGUCAUUGAUGUCACACUUGGGCGAUGGGAGAUUUCGGGAGGAGUGAGUGCAGGCAAUACUGGAUGGAAAGCGGAGGUCAAGGUCACAUUCAAAUGGGGAAAACGAAAGAAACGCGCCACAAAAUUACAAAUCUUUGACGUAGUAAUGUUUAUGGUAAACACGAAAAGUGAAAGUAGCGUAAGAGUAAAUCCUUGUGACUACGCCCUCUAUGAUCAAGAUGGCGACUUGGAGGUCACCAUGACAGAUUUUGACAUCAUCUUUGACCACAACGUAGCAAACAAGCAUCAGCUAGUUGAAAGGAUGUUUGCUGAACUUGACGACGACAAAGAUAAUAAAAUAUCACUCAUGGAAUUUGAAAACAAAAAGCAUGAAAUUAUUUCCCCUCAGAGCUGUAAAAUCUAAGGAACUCAAGUUUUUUCCUUGCAAAAUUCCAACAGAUCUAACAAAAUCAAACCAAAUGAAGAAUCCACAUCAAUACCGUUAGAUGUAUCAAGGUUUUAGAA